UAACUGGUUUCAGUUUGUUUUGCCGCUGGACGUGGACUGUGGUGAUUUUUCUGGAACUGAAUUUGGUUACACAAUGUCGCCAUCUAUGAUCUAAGCACUUUAAUUUAUGCUACUGCUUCCAAAGUAUAGUCUCAUGCCAAGGAAUACGGAUCCGGAUGUCAUCUUGGGCACGAUGCAUCUCUUGCGGGCAAAGAACUUCGCACCUAUGCCUGACAGUGAUGUCAGCUAGUAACUCCAGCUUAGUUGCUGAAAUUCUUUCAUCAUUGAAGAACAGAACUGUGAUUGCUGGUCCACAAAGGGACCUCCUUUCUUGUUCUUGUUCACAGUUCUUCAAGUAACAUUGUCUCCGAGCUAGCUUGCAGAGAAACGAACGAUAAUGAUCGAUACAAUGUGUCAUGUGGUAGCAGGAGUGGCAGAUUUCAAAACUAACUGACAGGGACGUGAACACCCCUGCUAUGGCCCCAAGUAGUAGUUUGCCAAUUCAAAUUUUUUCCUCAGGUUCCUCCAACAUCUUCAAAAUUGUGAAGAUGAUCAUGGAGUGCAUAUUCUGGUCCUUCAUUAUCUGCAGCUUCAAGCAAGAAGGAGUGCAAGACGUACACCAUGGAGAUGUCUAAGCUAGACUUCAACAUCACCCGGAAAGAAAAGAAACUGAUUGGAGAGGUCUUCGCCUGUCAAACGAGCACAAGAAAUUGCCACAGAUAUGGAUUUAUAUAUUUAUGAAGAAGGAGAAGGAAGCUAUAUCAGAGGGAGUGAGACAUUGGCCAUUUUGCCCAUUAAUGAUGAGGGAGAGGGAAUAAAAUCAAAUGAAGAUAUUGGUGAUGUGGAGCUCGACUCAUCAAGCUCAAGUUGGGGUGAAUUUUUCACCGCAGGUGGUGGGCAGAGUCAAAGCACCCCCUCCACUAUUCAGAUCCAGUCAGGUGGUGUAGAGAGUAAUAAACCACCUGAUGAAUACUGCCAGAGUACUCCCUCCAUUCCUAGUCAGCAUUGCAGGGAAGCCGCUGACUGUCAGGAUGAGCUGGACAGCAGUGAGGAUGGAUUUGAGGAAAUCCCGUUAAGUAGUCCAACAGUACCAGAUGAUGAGACUGAUACAAACGAAAAGGUGACCAGAUGUGUGUCAGUGGGGCAUUGCAGCUAUUGCAAGAAAAAGCCCAAAACCGUUCGGGUUUAUUUUACGGCAGAACACCGGGAUAAUCGCCUGAUUGGAAUAUGCGUUUACUGCUGUCAAGAAUGUGCAGAGGCUGAAAGAGCGGAACAUCAAUGUGUCAUUCCUGUCAAUCUAUGGAACACAGAAACAUCUUCAUGGAAACCUUGUGCUAGUUGCCUUGUUUUUCAGUACACGCCAAUUAAAGUCUGCUGUGACUGUAACACAUACAUGUGCGGCAACUGCAGCAUAAACUGCAAAAGAUUGAAAGGGUGUUAUAAAUGCCCACUUCAGUGCCCAGAUUCAAGUAAAAAGUUAACCUUUUAUCUACCAGACUGUAUUGCCAGGCCUGCACAGUUGAAGGAGACACAUCCCUAUGUAGCUUAUCUACGAGUUUAUAGUGAUCAUGGGACUCCAUCGGAACCUCCUUCCAUAGAUUACCAACCGCCUUCUCUGGAAGGCGAGGUUGACCAGAUCAGUGAAAUUGAGGACCCUGGUGUAGAGGAGCUGCCGCAAGAGCUGGUCCCAACCCUCACCCCACCAGGUCGUGAUCAAACCGUCGCCCCAGAUGACGACGAUGAAGGUGUACUUCAUGAUUAAUACUAAUUCUUACUUAUAGAAAUAAGAAGAA